CCUCAGUCAAGUAUUGAAUUUCAAGCACAGAUUCAAUUAUGAAGACCAGGGAGCUUUUCGGGUAACAAUAACACAUCCGAUAUGGAAUGUCUCUUUAAGCAUGGUCAAGUUAAUAAUUAUGCUGUGGUUUAUGUAUUAAACCAUCCAGACACAUCAACGAUAGUCAUCCUUCUGAGCUGCAGGACAGGAAUGAAACUGCUCAGGGAUAUUACCAUGAGGCCAUCAGUGAUUUUAAAACUCAUUGGUGAGUUUAAUAGCUGAGAUGAGAGAAUUGAGGAUGGAUCAACACUGUACUGACUCCACAAUAAUGACCUAAAUGACAGAAUGAAAAGAAUACAAAUAUUCCAAAACAUGCAUCUUCUAUGCAACAAAGCACUAAAGUAAUAAUGCAAAAAAACACAGCAAAUGAAUAAACUUUUUUGUCUAAAUGCAAAGCCUUAUGUUUGGGGCAAAUACAACAGAACACAUGACUGAGUAACUGCCUCCUUAUUUUCAAGCAUGGUGGUGGCUGCAUCAUGGUAUGGAUAUGUUUGACAUCGGCAAAGGCUGGGAUUUUUCAGGAUGAAAAGAUAAAGGAUGGAGCUAGCACAGACAAAAUCCUAGAGGAAAACCUGCUUCAGUCUGUUUUACACCAGACACUCAGAGGAAUUCACCUUUUAGCAGGAUAAUAACAUACGACACAAAUCCAAAUCUAAGUUGCUUACCAAGAAGACAAACGUUCCUGAGUGGCCAAGUUACAUUUUUUACUUAAAUCUGCUUGAAAAUCAAGGGCGAGAUUUGGAAAUUGCUGUCUAGCCAUGAUCCCCAACACUUUGACAGAGGUUGAAGAAUUUAAAAGAAUAUUGGGCAAAUAUUGCACAAUAGCCUACAGGUGUGCAAAGCUCUCAAGAGACUUACCCAAGAAGACUCAACGCUGUAAUCACUACCAAAGGUGUUUCUAACAAGUAUUUACUCAGGGGGGUGAAUACUUAUGUAAUCAAGGUAUAUUAGUGUUUUAGUUUUCAUUCAUCUUCAAACUAUUUUAGAAUUUUCGUUCCACUUUGACAGAUUAUUUUCAAUAAAUUGUUGACAACUUACAAUGAAAUCCAUUUCAAUUCCAGGUUGUAACACAACAUUUAGAAGUUUAAGGGGGGAGAAUACUUAUGCAAGACACUGUAUUGUAAUAAUUACCAUCAGGAUCUAGGCAAGAACAAGUAUAGUUGAAUAUUUACUUUACUGAGGUGUUGUAGAUAAAUAAUGACCUUAUUCUUCUACUAUAUUAUUGCUAACACACUGUUCUUUCUAAACAAGUCUGCUGUCAUCUUGAAAGAUUGAUCAUAGGAGAUUUAUGUAAUAUAAUAAGUGUACCGUAAUUCAAACAGUACACAAAUGUUUCAUUUAACCACACCCUAUGAGCUAUGACGACAACCAAUAAGAUCCUUUCUCUUCAGUUUAUACGGAAAUGAUCAUUGACCAAUAACAAUUUCCACGUUAGCGUUUUUAUUGUCGUUAUUUAUACGUUUAUUAACAUCAUGUAACUCAAAAUAUGAUUAAUUUAACUGCACAGCAUCACAUUAUUUCCCCAGGCAGUGUUUAGUUUGCGUUGGAGACGGGACUUGUUUGAUAUAUGUUAUCUACUGUUAGCUAGCUGCUAGCUAACGAUGGCUAACUGUAUGGUUUUCCACACGCAAAUAGCCUCCAUCAUGGAGGUGCUAGCGAAUGCAGCCGUAGCAGAAAUCUGUAAACUCGUAGACGACGACUAUGCAGUGUUUCGUUUGGAAAUAACUAAAAGCCAGAAAGAAAACAGGGCAUUGCGGAGGAAACUACAGCUACAAGAACUGAAGGUGGCACGGGAGCGCGCAGAAAGGACAACGCAAGAGCGCGUCCUCGCCAGUCAUCCCAGUAGUGUCAAGAUCCUCGACCAGUACAGAGGAAUGGCAAGAGUGACUCUCUCAGGUGAAGAACAUCUCACUGGAGGCCACAGGAGCUUUGUGAAGCCUGCAGGACACAAAACAUGGAGAGAUGACCAACCAAUCACUGUUGAUGAGGGGAGUGGAACCUCAACCAAGAACGUUAUCGUGAUAGAGUCUGUAGAUGCAGAGGCUGCUGGUCCUGGGGUCAAGCAGGAGAGAUCUGAAAGAGAGGAGGAGGACCCACGACACAGCAGAGAGAUCCAAACUGGAGCGGCCCAUGUAGCCACGGAGGUCCCUACCACCACCGCCCCAGCGCCGCCCAGUACCCGACGUAGCAUCACGGAGGAGGAGGAGGGUCCAGAUGUGCUGCUGGUAAAGGAGGAGGGGUGUGAGGAGGGUCUGGGGAACCCUGAGGUGACCAUGGUCAUAGAGGACAAUCAGACUACACCUCCUCCUGAACCCACAGAGGAACCAGCUGAGCAGCACAGGAACACACACAGUCUCCCUGAGUCAGUAGACAUGGAGGAUGGGAAGCCUGAUCUGCUGCUGGUCAAAGAGGAGACAAUAGAAGAUGGACCAGAGAGCAUUGACCUGCUGAGUGGACUAAAGAUGGGGGAGCAAGGUGGUUGGCUGGAGGCUAACAGAGGAGACUGGGUGGCCAUCUUGGAUUCCCAGACCGGUGCAGCCAAGGACCUGGGGAAUAACGUCACUGAGCAGGCCAGGACCAGAGGCGACAUAGUGGAGGUCAGUGGAUGGGACAGCGUCCUCAACUCUGGGCUGGUGAUCAACACUGUUAACCACAACCAGAAACCAACAGUCGAACACAAAACAACAACUGAACUUAAUCUCCAUGACAACAGACUGGCUGAGAUCAGGGCGAUGCGUAGAGUUGGUCUGCGUGGACGGGGAGGUGUCCGUAUGCAGCUAGAGAGAACAGACAUUGACUCGGCUAGCAAUGAUCCGUCCUGCUCCUAUAGUUGUGAUUCAGAGAGACUGAUGGUGCCUCAGGUUAACCCCCUAACAGGUGCUUCCUUCAGCCUGUCUUCUAUAGGAUCUUUCAACUGGAAUAUGGACCCUGCGACAACAACACAGACAAUCCCUGGCCUUAAUCCUCCUCACACCCUCCUAAUGUUAAACCAGACCUCAGACAAUGCCGGUGCCUCAACAAUAAAUGGCUACACAAGCCCAUUGACAAAUGACCAUAGUAGAGACAGAAUCAGUAAAGGUGGCAGCGCCAAAGAGAAGCGCUUCCGGUGUUUGUUCUGUGGGAAAGCCUUCAGUUUCCCCCAACAGGUGGAGAUCCACCAGAGGAUGCACACGGGAGAGAAACCUUUCGGCUGCCACCUGUGCCGGGCCUGUUUUUCCCGAUCGUCCCACCUGAAGAGGCACCAGAGGGUCCACACAGGGGAGAAACCCUACAGCUGCCCCCAGUGUGAGAAGAGGUUCUCCCACCAGCACCAGCUAAAGAUGCACCUGAAGAUCCACACGGGAGAGAGGCCAUUCGCCUGUAUACACUGCGAGAAGAGGUUCUCAGAGAGGAGCUACCUCAGGAUACACCAGCAGAAAAUGCACAGGGACCAUGUAUAGUGUAUAGUAAUAUGUAAUGUAGAACUAGAUAGUUUGUUUAUAGAGGGAACUGGACAAGGUGAACUGAGGAAAGAAUGAGUAUGAUGAGGCAGAGUAGAUAUGGUGAUGGUUGAUGUGAUGGUGUCUGUAAAAAUGCUUCACUGAUGAAAAGUGACAACCUUGUCCUGUUGUUUGAUGGUGUUUUAUAAUGAGGAAAUGAUAGUGCCUUAAUUCAUGUUUACUUAACAUAAACGAGUGAAGGUGUGUGUAAUGUAAUGUUGAACCUUUUCCAAAGUAUUCUAAAAUAUUUUUUUAUUAAAGUGAGGGUACCAGAUUUACAGAAAAGGUCAAGUGUUACCAUAGUGAGAAGUUAUUCUACUUGUCACAUAUUGUUUUGUGAAAUAAAAGUACUGUACUUCACGUUAUGUGAGUGUAUGACCAUUUUGUUGAAAUUAAAUACAAAAUUGAC